AGCAGGCUAGGGAUGGAGUGGAAGCAGGGGUGUGCUAGGGAUGGGAGAGAAAGUGAGAGGGUACAGGCAGGAGGGCGAGAGCAGGGUCGGGAUGCUGACGGUGAAUGACGCCGACGACGACCGUGUUAUUUGAGGCAUUAUGUAAAUGAGGGCUCAAAGGCGUUGUGAACGAACCCACAUUCAUGGCUACGCGAUCACGGAUACCCCCGCCGCCGCCUGCUGCAUCCCGUCCAACAUUGGCCUCCCGUAUGCCGCCCAGCUCACCCACCCACCUCAAACUCAUGCAUCCCUCAUUAUUUCGACCGGGUAACAUGCAUCAUAGCUCUGUUUACCCCCUCAAUGCCAUGGUCGUCGUCUACCGGCUCCCUCGACACCCGCCUUUUCCCGCUCACAUCACCCCCAUAAUAACGCAACGAUCACUGCGCCAUCAAUAUCAUUGCUUCCCUCUACAUGAGGCUUCAUGGAUGCUAUCGACGCUUACGUCCCGCCACGCCCGCCUGUACCGCAUUUUAUCUACAUUUUGUAUGCUGUACUAUAUUUCAAUUAUAUUCAUUUUAUUUGAUAAUAAUACGGGACAAUCCCUUUUAGGCAGGCAUCGGGAGGACGACGAGAGGACGUCUCCUCAUCGUUUGCGACGAUGACGGCAAGGUGAAAGGACAUGAGGGCAAUAUACGAAUACGUAAUUUUUUUCUAGGAGUAUGCAGAGUAUGUGUCUUGGGUAUGC